CUUCCCCUCACUCCUUCGUGUGAAAUGGAAGGUCAGAGGGUGGCAGUAUCACUAGCGGAUCAGCAGAGAGAAAACUGUUCGGUUGGAAUUAGAGGCCUUCUGUUGAACGGAACCUUUUAUAAUGCUGAUUGUGUGGCUGUUUGGGCUAUUGAUGCCCACAAUUUGGGCUGACACCCCAGCAAACUGCACAUUCAGUGAUGUUGCUGGAAAGUGGGUGCUGUAUGAGGGGUCCAGGAUCCACAACGGUUCCAUUGAUUGCCGAACCACUGUGUCUGUACUUCGGAAGCUGCGUGUGAACCUGAGGUAUCCCGAUGUGGCUACUGAUGAAUUUGGAAACCGUGGCCACUGGACUAUGAUCUACAACGAAGGCUUUGAGAUCACAAUCAACCAGAGGACUUUCUUUGCAUACUCCUACUUCACAAAGGAAUCAUCAAACAUCACCAGCUACUGCGAUCAGACAUUCCCCAGCUGGUCUCAUGACGUCACAUUACGACACUGGGCGUGCUUCCACGCAUACAAGCAAAGUCCGGUACCACCAAAAGUGCACCGCGAUCCAUUUCACAAUUUGACUAAGGUAAUGCAAACUUUAUAUAUAAGUCACAGAUUUAAAGAAUUUUUGUAUUGGGCUAAUUUACGGGUUCAGUAAUAUAAUUAAUGUCUU